AUGCGAACUGUGCUACAAAUAUUUGGAACACUAUCGAUAAUCGCCAGAAUCGGCGAUACCUGUCUCUCCAACCCCAAUCUCCGUUGUUCCGUGGCUUCCGGAAGUUCCAGCUCUCCAAGUUACAAUCCGAGCUGUGUGCCGCAAACCGGCGCUAGCGGUAGCGUCUACCAGUCUGGGCAGUAUAACGGGUUCCUCGGUGACCACGUCCAAGCAAAAGCGUACUCCGGGAAAGGCGGGACCGCCGAUUUUGCCAAAGAAGACCUGGAUUUGCGAUGUCACGACGAUGCUUCCUGCAAAUGGCGAAACGACCCGAAAGAUGAGCUGGAUUGGGUGUUAGGGUCUGGGAAUAUCGAUCCGGCUAAGAUGCCAACAAUCCUCUGGGCUACUGUCCUUCCGGAUGUGGAGGAGCAGAAGCCGGGUAAAUACGAGGUGCCGGAAGAAACACUGGAAAAUUGUCUAACAGUCCAGUUGACGGACAAUCAUACCAUCAUAGCGUCGAUACCGCCGAUUUUUGAACCCUUUGAGAUCGUCUUGCGAGGCUACGAUUUUUCCAAUACCCCAGAGGGUGGCUUACUAAUCCUUGAUGGUAUUGACUACUUUGCACACCUCGAUACCCCAGAAAACUGUGUGGGGCAGCAACUGGAUUCCGAUACGGAGCUCGAGCCCUUUACCGAGGCAGAAAACGCGACCCAAGUUGACCCCAGUCUGUUGGAAAAUCAGGGGCUGUCUUUCACAAAUGGUGUAAAAAUUACUAAUGCUGUAACGCCGGCCUCACCCUUUGAUGAUGUUGUCACGACCGAUACUUCUUUGGUGGAGUUGUGCAGUAUGCUAAAUUGCGGUUUCGAUCAACCUCCGCCAUGCCGUUACAAACCUAUUGGUACCGAUGCGGAAGGUGAUGGAGUCGGCAAGGGAUGGAAGCCCCUUACCGCACCCCUAAACAUCGCCAACCGAUUGACCGGGAUCCAUCUGCCGCCUGGAACUAAAGAAAGUGUCGAAAAUGGAACAGGAUCUGACAACUUAUUCCUGGUUGCCGAAUUCUCGGGCUUCAAUCGAACCCGUUUGCAGCAUAAAUUUGUCCUCGAGGCCCCAGACUUCCAAAUCGACACCACCGAUACAGUGUUCUUCGGUUUCCAAAAGUACCUCUCUACGCAAGGCGUGGAGUUGACGCUUUGUGAGGAUACAGCUAUGAAGGAGUGUUUUUGGGAUAACUUUCUACACUCGGCGGAACCGUUUGCCCGUUCCUGGACUGAAGAGGUUGUAAGGUUACCGUCGAAUCUGAAAAAGUUCUUCGUACUGGCCACCCAGGAUCCCUCGAUACCAGCCAAUAAUGGACAGGUCGGGGUGGCGGCGUUUCGGCUGUACUCUGAUGCCGAUGGUCAGAAGCCGCUUUGC